CCGGUGUGUGAGCCAGCCUUCCGAUCCAAAAGCAUGGACUCGCUCCAGUAAUAUUACAGUUAACUUUAUUGAGAGUCCACUGUGUGCCAGCUCUGAACUAAGCGUUUUAAAUACCGCAAUCUUCAGAGCAAUCUUGAGCCAUUAGGAUUAUUUCCAGUUUACAGAAGAGGAAACAACUGCAACGGCGAGAGCGGCUGGAGGAUUUGAAUCGUCGAUUUGUGGUUGGUUGUCCACCGGGCCACAGAUGUCACAGGUCUGGCCAGUGUCCAAGGGAGCCACAUCUGACAUUCCUUCUUCUGCCAGGUUGCAGGGGCAGUGUUAACAUCUCAAGUGAAGCCAGAUCAAAAGAAAUCAAAUUUCAUUAUCAAGACCCCAAAGGGCACCAGGGAUCUUAGUCCGCAGCAGAUGGUGGUAAGAGAGAAAAUUCUUGAUACGGUUAUCAGCUGCUUUAAACGGCAUGGAGCAAAGAGGUUGGACACCCCAGCAUUUGAGCUGAAGGAAAUGCUUACAGAAAAGUAUGGAGAAGACUCUAUGCUCAUCUAUGAUCUGAAGGAUCAGGGUGGAGAGCUGUUGUCCCUUCGCUAUGACCUUACUGUUCCUUUUGCUCGUUAUCUGGCCAUGAAUAAACUGAAGAAGAUGAAACGCUAUCAUGUUGGAAAGGUGUGGCGGCGGGAGAGCCCAACCAUAGUCCAAGGUCGUUAUAGGGAGUUCUGCCAGUGUGAUUUUGAUAUUGCCGGUCAGUUUGACCCUAUGAUUCCUGAUGCAGAAUGUUUGAAGAUCAUAUGUGAAAUCCUAAGUGGGUUGCAACUGGGGCACUUUCUUAUUAAGGUCAAUGACCGGCGGAUUAUAGAUGGGAUGUUUGCUGCCUGUGGUGUUCCUGAAAACAAGUUCCGAGCCAUCUGCUCCUCAAUAGACAAACUAGACAAGAUGUCUUGGAAUGAUGUAAGGUACGAGAUGGUGACAAAAAAGAGCCUGGCUCCUGAGGUAGCUGAUAGAAUUGGGGAAUAUAUCCAACGUUGUGGUGGGGUAUCGCUGAUAGAACAACUACUCCAGGAUCCCAGACUGUCCCAGAAUAAACAGAUCCUGGAGGGCCUAGAGGACAUGAAAUUGCUGUUUGAAUACCUCACUCUAUUUGGAAUUGCUGAUAAGAUGUCCUUUGAUUUAAGUCUGGCCCGGGGUCUAGACUACUAUACAGGAGUGAUCUAUGAAGCAGUGCUCCAGACCCCAAGUCAGACUGGAGAGGAAUCCUUAAGCAUGGGCAGUGUGGCUGCUGGUGGGCGCUAUGAUGGGCUCGUGGGAAUGUUCAACCCCAAGGGCCAAAAGGUGCCAUGUGUGGGACUCAGCAUUGGGGUGGAGCGUAUAUUCUCUAUUGUGGAGCAGAGAAUGAAGGUUUCUGAUGAGAAGGUACGGACAACAGAGACCCAAGUAUUUGUAGCCACACCACAGAAGAACUUUCUCCAAGAACGGUUGAAGCUAAUUGCAGAGCUCUGGAAUGCUGGGAUUAAGGCUGAGAUGUUGUACAAGAAUAACCCUAAACUACUAAGCCAGCUGCACUACUGUGAGAACACAGGCAUUCAACUAAUGGUUAUUAUUGGUGAGCAAGAAAUGAAGGGAGGGGUCAUCAAGCUCCGUUCAGUGGCCAGCAGGGAGGAGGUUGCCAUUAAACGAGAGCAUCUUGUGGCUGAAAUUCAGAAGCGACUUUCUGAUUCUUGAUCCUUGCCCACCUACCAUCUUUUGCUCUUUGUGGAAAAGGCUUCAUUUAGGAUUGAGUUCCUGCUGAGGAUCACAAUUGCUGGACAAGAUGGGAGACAAAGUGCCUUUUGUCUCUUCCAGCCUUCCUUGCUACAGAAUUAUAAAAAGGCUCCUGGGCCCAAUGGUUAACUUAGUGGGAGCAGCUAUUCUGCAGGAGGGCAGAUGACUGAUACCUUAAAGAGACAUGCUGUAACUGCAGAGGCUGAGCUGGCAGAUUUCAAGUGCAAGCAAAUGCUGCCACGUGCUGAGAUUGUUGCUGUGAGCACAACUCUGGGAGAGUCAUCCCAGGCUGGGAAGAUUCGGAGCAAUUGAGAUCAGGACCCAAACAAUGGACCUUGUAUUACAACUUCUGAAGCUGAGACUGGUGAAUUUGUUUACCACCAUCACUUGACUUGCUCAAUAUUGGCUAGUUAGGCUGAACGCACUUGAGAAGAGGCACCAGUUGCUUUCUGCUAAUAUGUGAAGACAAAUGCUAAGCCACUGCAUGCAGAACAUUGUCCAGAUUGAUCUGAUAUCUCUCUAGCCCAUGCAUUGUUAACAACGGCAGGACUGUCUGUUUAAUAAUCUUGGACGUCGGACUUUUUUUGGAGAUCAUUUCCCAUGCCAGAAUCACUGCUCUGACUAUUCCAUGCCCUGCAUUGAAUUAGAUUGUAUAAGUGAUUGACUAUAUUAAAUAAAACAUUAAAUGUA